CGUGGCCCAACCCAUUCUCGAAACCGAGGAAAUUUCGAAUGUCAACGGUUUAUUGAUCAUAAAAAACUACGAAAUGUCUGAGCGAAAGAAAGUAUUGAUGGUUUGUUUAGGAAACACCUGUAGAUCCCCGAUGGCAGAAGCUAUUUUCAUCAAUUACAUAACACAGAUGAAUCUCUCAAACCGUUGGUGCGUUGACAGCGCUGCAUUGAGGGAUUAUCAUGUGAAUAAUAUGCCGGAUAUUCGAGCACAGACGACCCUAAGAUUAAAUGGAAUAACGAAUUAUUCACAUCUCGCUAGAACAAUAACAAAUGACGAUUUUCACGAAUUUGAUUGGAUCCUGGGAAUGGAUGAUUUUAAUAUAGAUGAGUUGAGCAGAGUUAAACCGGAGAGCAGCAAAGCCCAAAUUGAAUUGCUUGGGAAAUAUGACCCAGAGGGAGACGUUAUAAUCAGAGAUCCAUUCUGCGAUCAAGAUUGUACAGGAUUUUUCAAGGCGUAUGAACAAUGUUCACGAAGUGUAAAGAGGUUUUUAGAAAUUCAUCAAUAGUUACACAGAUCUAUUACAGUACAGAAUUCCUGUUUGACAUUGAAAGAAUUAUAUUUUCGACUCAAUAUCCAAAAUAUACAUGCAGAUUUCCUAUUUUCUAAACCUAUAUCCUAUAUGUAUAUAUCCUAGCUUUAAAAAAAUAAUUUGUAAAAAUAUUCAAAUUUCAUUUUUUUUGAAUGGGAAAAUGUUUGUGUUCAA